CAGUUGAUUCCUUUGUGAAUGUUCUUGCUCUCGCAACGCGUUCAUAAGCUACACGAUUCUUAACUCGGUAUUUCCUUCCGCGAGUGUUUCGAUAGAUUGAUUUACGUUUGAAGUUUUAGUUGGAUUUGUCGUUUAAAUCUCAAUUACGAAAAUACUUAGAACGAAUGGAAUCGUGAGAACUUCCGGGAUACACUGCAACCCGAUUCGAACGCAAUAGUGAUCGACAGUGAGCACCAAUGACAUGUGCAGUGACAUUGAUAUCGAACUUUAAACUAUCAAUCAAAAUUUUCGCGUUGUUCGUCCAUCAAAUUAGACAUGAUAGAUCAUACCGUGUAUCAAACAUAUAGAGAUCUAUGUUUCGUUCACACAUCAUCGGCGAUGUUCACGUAAAAGUGCAAAUUCAAGCCAUGCUAGUAAUCAUUUUUGGUUUUCUAUAUAUAUUUUUUUAAUCCCAUUGCUGUCCAUUUGUUUUCUAUAAGUAGAUUAAUAGUAUCCAUAAGAAUGUAAAAAUUAGUUAGAAAGGACAUCCGUGAGUGUAAGUAGUUUGCAGUGUCUCGUGAAUUUGACUGUUCUAAAGACAUCUACCUUUGCUCGAAGUUGGCAACAUCGAACCCAGGAUCGGAGCAGAAAGAUUUGAAUAGCGUUUGAAGCGCAACUCUACGAUUAAUUCAACGAUCAGCACGACGGCAACGACGACGGUGACGGCGACACCGACGACGGCGGUUAUUCUCCUCCGUUCGGCGGCGCUGUCACCUCUAAAGAUGUCAGAGCUCCGAAUCGAUUGUUCCGAACUAACUCAUUCGAAACAUUAAGACACCUAUACCAGAAACAGCAGAAUACUCGGACAAGAUGUCAAUGACGGGAAGCUUAAUGGGUUACGAGAACAAUAACGAGAUAAAUCAAGCAAAGUGUAAGAAGCCGUUAAAACCGCUUCCGAUAGUGUCUAGCAUAAAUUCCAGUGGUAUUACAACCACCAACAAAACGAAAAAACCCCGAAGAUCGGCCAGACGUAGCUCUUGUAUACGAGGUCACGUGAAUAGUUUGUGGUCCGUCUGGUACGGUGUUUUGGCGGUCGCUUUUCAAGCUUACAUCGGGUUAAGAUACGCGAAAAGGUUCGCCGCUUAUUUAUCGUUACCUUGGCCUGCGGACGCUCCACCGCCAAAGGUGGAGUUGUACGCGUGCUUGGUGCUGGCCGGUGCUGGAGUCGUUUUGCUGCCCGUUCUUCUCGGCGCGGCAUUUUUAAAGCUCGGCAACCUGGCGAACGAUGGGGUGAAACUUGGUCGCCAUUUGAGCGCGUGUUCGCGCGAUCCACCUUCGUCUCUGCUCACCAACAACCCCGACCACAGUUUGGCGAACAAUUUAUGGCGACACGGGGGUCCCACAGCCGCUUUCGUACACCUUUGUACAGCCAUGUGCUUCCUCCUACCCUCGCUUCUCAUGGAGGCUAGGCUGAUACACGCUGGAUUUUUGCCAAAAGAAACGAUAUGGCGUACGGAUCUGGAUUGGCUGGUGACUCAUCGCGAUCGGUUGGUCGUGUCGAGUUUCAUGAAUCCGACCGUAAAUCUUAGCAUCUUAACCGGUUUCAUAACGCCCCAACCUUUCGUCACUUUAAUACCCGACGACGAAUCGACCGAUAAUACAGGGAACGAUAUUACCACUGUGAAAUCAGAAUUGAUCGAUCUUAUCAAUAAAUCGAUCGCGGUCGAAUCUCGACACCAGGAGACUACAAGGUAUAACGGGUUAUUUCGAGCGGCGAGUAACGGUCUAGCAACAUCUGAUACUCGAGUUCCGAGUACCACUUCCGCCCUACCUGCCAAAGGAGCUACAACUACUCCCUCGACGCAAGAAAUCAUUAUCGAUGCACCGAAAACACCGUCCACGAUUUUGAACUCGACGAUACCCGCCAAUGGCAGUGCAUCGUCGAUUACAACGACGACGACGAGGACGACGAGUACGGUCGCGGCAACGACAACAACGAUGACGACAACGUUGACAACCAGGAACGACGCGAAAGCAUCGACGAGAACGGCGGAGAUGGGAAAAGUAACUACAGCUGCUGCCGCGACUACCGCCGUGGCAGCAUCGACGCUCGCGUCCAUUUUUCCCUCGACGAUCAACCCGAUGAAGUAUGGAAAUACUGUUAGGCGACCAGUCACUACCAAGACGAUCGUUAAAAGUAACAGUUUAAAGAGCAAAUCGAAAACGAAGAACGUAGGAAGAAAUUCGACGACAGUCAGACCGAAGACUGUCUCUGUUGGAAAUAUGACCGCGCAGAGUAUGUCGUUAACGAUGAACAGCUUGGCUGAUUUGGAUCAUCCGGAAAAGUUGAAUCUUGAAUUACAAUCAGCCGAAUCGUACGGACCUAUCACUCUCGAGUAUUUGAAUUACGCAGUCGCUCUUGGCGUAUAUUCCGUGAGGUAUCCGGCGGUUUUUUGGUCGUGCAAUAAACCGUUGGCCACAAUUUUUAGCUUCCAGUUAAUAGUCAAUUCCGCCCAGAGCUUAUUGGCCUACGUUGGAAUGUCCGUUCUUUACAAGGUCCAAGUAAUGGGGCCUUUGAAGGUGCUACCAGUUCUUCGCCAACAGUAUCGUACGAUAUCGACCACAAGCAGUAUAUCGACCAUUUUCGGGGACUCGUACUUUUUGCUGAAUCCACACGUUACGCUCGUUCUGUUCGCUCUCUCCUCCCUCUUGGUGCUUUGCUCAAGCAUGGUGAUGUAUUUCUACGCUUACGGCAGAUUCACAGCGUUUCUAAAUCACGAACGUGAGCGUCGAAUCAUCUUGUCAAAGGAGAAUCGAAACGGAAACGGUUGGAUAUACUUUAUCCAUUGCACCGCUUUAUGCGUGUUCCUUGCAAUCGCGAUAUGCAGCGCGCCGUUGCUCUACGACUACAGUGUCGUAUACCGUGGCAGCCUGGACGGUGCAAUUUUAGCAUGUCUUGUUGCCACUGUCUUGCAUCUCUUCCUGUGGCUGGUUUUAUGGAUAUUUCUCACGAUAAAGCAACGCUGGACGUUCAAAUUGCGAGUGACUAUCGGCCGUGCAACCGUUAGAUCGGCAAGAUCGGUGAAGCUCGUGACCGACGUGGAUCUGUUAUCGGCCAGGGACGAUGAAGACGGAACCAAUGCGCCAUUGCUGGUUGUCGGUAACGGCAGAACGUACACUAUUGCCGACGCUUCACCGAAAAAGGCUAUCAUGAGCGUGAUACAAAAGGCAGCUAUCGAGAGGAAAGCGCGAGCUCAAGGAAACACUGAUUCCGUUAACGGCGAUUCAGUGGCCGACGAUGAACAAAUUUAUUGGUUGAGACCGAAAUUGCGCCCGUCGCCGACUAGAUCGCCGAACGAGAACGGUGCACCAGCUACGGAGAAAGGAUGGCUGAACAAGAAAUUGAAACCCAAGGUCACCUUUAACGACCUGCCUAGUACGUCAGGCUCGCGUAAUAAAGGAAAAAUCAGACGAGGCAAUGGUGACGGAGGCCCUGAAGAUGACGGAGAUUACGCCACGUUACGGGAAUUACCGUUAAUUACGUCGUUGGAUCCGGCCGAUGAUUCAACAUCCGAAGAGAACAAGUGGGAAAGAUGGCUGAUAUCUCGUAGGGACGGUAUACCUAAAUUUGGAAACCUGCUCGAGUGCGUGAACGAUGACCAAGUGACGUACUACGCGAGUGCAAAUCGCGAUCUGCAACCUUCGGAAGGCGACCCUUCGCCUCUCUUGACUCCAGACCCUUUGCCCGAUUCCUCCUCGGAGCCACUUCCACUGCCACCUCCGACUCCGUCUCCAACUCCGACUCCGACUUGUGCACCGACUACCGAAGUUGUCACGGCGUUACUAACCACUAACACCCAGACAAACGGAGGACACACGCCACGAUGUUUACGCCGAGCCGAUUCAGGAAUGCCGCACGAGGAAUUGACUCCUCGCUCGGAUUCCUCCAAUUCUCCACCAUUAGACGCCGUGGUGGGGGGUAAUAGCGGAGCCGGCUCGGUGGCGGGGCACAGUAACGCGAGCAGCCACAGCGAAACGUCCUCGAGCGGCGUGCACAGUAACGCUAGCAAUGGAAGCAACAGCAGCUGUCAACGACGAGCGACCAGCGUGGACGACGUGACAAGUGGCAACUGCGCCACCAACGUUGCCGAGCAACGAGAUAACGAGGAGUCGCGCGACCAGUGGCGCAGCUGUUCCCUCCAACGCGGGAUUCAACCGCCGUCCGCUGCCAUUGCAUUUUCACCGCCAAAUAGUCGCCCCGGAACCAGCCAUUCCUUUUCCUCGCCGCAGUACGCGAAUCACGUGCCGCUGUUCGCCAAUGCGAGUUCAAACGCGAACGCUAAUCCCAGCGUGAACAACACGGUUACGAGCGUGAGUGGCAGCACGAACGUUAACGUGAAUGAUAUCGCCGCCACGGUUGGCCAAGGAUGCCCGGCCGUUAUCCUCGAGAAUCCCAACGAGGCGACCGUGGUGAUACGGCGGAAGCUGUCGAGGACUAAGCUGACGGAGCCCUUGAACCCGAACGAAGAGCCGUUUGGCCGGUCCACCAACAUGAGGAUGACGUCAUUCACGGAGAGCAACGAUAUUCGUGUUCACGCCUCGUCCGCCACAUUGCCGCAUUACCCGACCCAACCUGUGGUGACAUAUCCGCAUUGCUCCACCAUGCCUCUGCCCCACGCCUCUCACAGUAUGGCCGGGUCUCACAUGGGCGGAUCAAGCGGGAGCUGUGGAUCGGUGCCGAGACACGCUUUCGUUCCACCGCAGGUACACUCGACGGUACCCGCGCACACAACUUUACCGUCCCAUCACAACGGCGUCAGACUUCUCCCCGGCAUAGCGCCCGCUCCCAACAAUCCUUUCGUAAAGAGGUUCCCACCUGUGCAGCUGCACACGCAGCCCUGGGCGCUGCCCGGCCACCACACUUUCCCCCAGGCGUCCCAAGUUAACGGCAAGCUGACCACCACCGCGCAGAUCAGGCAGAGCGAUCGUGACUCGGCAAACUUUUCCAUGGCCAGUAGCGGUGAUUCCGACACGUGUUUGCCUCAUUAGACCGUUCGAUCGUCCACCCUCUUCGCUCUCGCUCCGCGCCGAGCAAACGUUUUCACGUUAUACCGUUUCCGAUCACGUUUCCUGGAUCGUCGUCGUGCCCACGACGCUUCUCGAGAUCUUUUUUAAAAAAAGGUUUUCUCGGGGAUCGUUGUCUCUGAUCGCGAACGUGGUGCGUAGAACUAAACAACAUCCGUUUGCGUUUUGUUGUUCAAGCUCGCGUGUAUCAUUGUCAUACCAUCGUAUUAGGGGUUAUUACAUAUCAUACUUUCGAUUAAUCCAUGAGAACACGUCCGACACGUACGGUCAACGUUGUUUUAUUUUCGAUACAAAAAAACCACCACCGUCUGUCGCGACAACAUUUUGUCUCGUUCUUCCAUAUCAAAUGUUUCUUCGUAUACCAUUUGUAAAUCACAUCUUCUCGCGUAUUGUCUACCCGCUUCUCGAGCCCCGAUACAGUUGAUUCGUUCGAAUAAUGAAUAUCCUGAUCGCAAUGAACAUAUCCUGUGAGACAUGAAUCGUUGUUUGCGCUAUUCGUCAAUUGUUAUUGUAAUACAUGCAAGACAAGAUAGAUUGAUAAACACGUUAGUUCUUUGAAAAAGUUAAAAAAAAAAAUUUUCUUUUCAAAGAUUUUUCUCCUACAUUUUUAUUAUCUUUUAUUACUUUUCGAUCAUUUUUUGUAAGAAAUGUCUUUGAAUAUUUAUUGAAAUGAUAACUGAAAAGAUUUGUGAAGAUAAUUAACGCAUGUGUUGUUUAAGAUUCGGGAACGGAGUAAAUAGCGAAUUGAAAAAGAGAGGUAAAAAUAAUUUAAUCGUAAAGCUAUAUUUAUAUCCUAAAAAAUUUAUUCAAUGAAUUAUUGUAUCCAUUGGAGCAAAAUUUUAUUUAUUUAACAUUCACAAGAAAGUAUGGAAAGUAUUCGCGUUCGAAAAUAUAAGUCUCAUCGUGUACAAUGAGAUGACCAUACAUAUAGACUAAUACCAGUCAAUGGAUGAUUAUAUUAAAAAAAAAAAAGUUAAGAAACUUACGAUUACUGCCAUAAUGAUAAUUAUAAUCGCAAAGAUCUUUAGAUCUUCGUCACGACAUGAAUUUAUUUAUCGACUGCCAUGUUAUUUCGUCCUGUUUCGCGAACAAAAAGCGCUCGAGAAGUGUUCGUUCUUUUCGUUCGCUCGUAAUCGCUUAACGCAUAGUGAAAUAUUAAAGUAUUUAAUAUCGCUUGCGCUACGAUAAUUUUAUUUUUUGCGAUCACGUAAUUUUAAUCGAGGAUUAGAAACGCGAAGAAACGCACUCCUAUCUUGAAUAAUCGUAUCUUGUAUCAGCGUUGUAUACCAUGAGAGAUAAAUCGGAAAUCACAUUUCCAUCCAUAUAUAUUAAAUUUGAUACACACGUCGAUUAAAAUGCAUUUCGAAUUAUAUGAUUUCGCUAAUUGACUGUAUUGAUAUGCAACGAUGAUACGAUACGAGAUACAACAAAUAAAUACCGUGUUUAAUAAAUAUAGGUCGAAAUGUUUCCCAAUUUCAUAAUCGAGUGGACAGAAAUAAAAAGAAAAAAAAAAAAUGCAUAAUGGAUAGAUAAAUAAUAUAAUCCGGAUAGUUUGCCGAGUUCAUCGAAUUUAGAACAAUAACGAUGACGAUUUUAGGAUAUUUAUGAUGGAUUAAGUUAAAAAGAAAUCUUUAGAAAGCUAUUAUUAAUCCAAAAACUUACGCGAGAUAUCUACGAUAUUUCCAUAUCUUAAAUGUUUAACCAAAAAAUCUCAAGUACGGGUUAUAGACUUUGAUGAAAAUAACAUCUCUUUGGAACAGGAUAAAAACACGGUCAAGAUAAUAAUAACUUAUAUAACGUACGCAUAUAUUAUCCAAUGCUUAUACAUAUACACCUAAUGCAAUAUUUGAACAUAACCUCAAAUUUAUGAAACGUAAUGAAUCAUACGUUGUAAGUGUACGUGCUAUUUAGAAAUUCUUGUUGACGCAUUCGACGAAACAAACGGUAUUUUUUGAUUCAUCGAUCGAAUUUAUCAAUCUUUACAAGCUAUGACUAAAUACAUGAAUAAUAUAACAUGGAUAGUAUAAUGGCAGAAAAGAAGUGUGGUAAGGGCGUGCCUUGCUCAUCGAAAAAGCAUACACUUUUGUUCAUAAAUUACGAGUCAUAAGUAUACUUGUUUUUUAUAAUAUUUAUUAAAUUUUAAUAAUAUUUAAUUAUCUUUUGAUUGCUUUUGGCUCACAUAUAAACUUACACUUGUGUUAUUGAAUAAAUCUUUAUUAUAAAUAGGUAUACAUAUAAUUUUCAUGUUUGUUUUAUAAAUUAAAUAUUUUACAUUGAAUAUUCUUUUUUUAUGGAUAUGAAAUAUUGAAGAAAAUGAUUCGUUCUUCAAUCAUGAACACUUAACAGUCAAAGAAUUAAAAAAUAAAUACACAAUAAAAUCUUUAAAUAAAAAAUAAUGCAUAAUAUUUAUAAAUCAUUAUCUAUUUUGUAAUUAAGUAAUUAAAUUAUUUAUCGCUAUUUUAAACUUUUAAUUAUCAAUGUUUCGUGAUUUAUGGACAAGAGCGUAUAUGCAUAUAUUGCGCAUGCUUUUUUCUUUCUUCCUCGACUUAUUUGUUAGGAAAUCUUUCUUUUAAUGUAGAUAUCGAAUGUAGUGAAAUUAUUUACGUAGUAGCAAGAAAUUCUGCUCAAGUAAAUGCACUCUAGAAGAAAGAUUGUUAUUUUGAAAUAUCUUCCAAUUUUCGACGAUUUGAGAUGAAACAGGUUAGAAAAGUGCGUAGAAUCGGUAUGUACAAUGUCUGUAUCUCCUCUGAUAUCGCCAAACAGCGUAUAUCGCGUUUUUCGCGAAAAGGUGAAAUCAAGAUGACGAAGCCACAAUUUCCUACAAACGUCGAAAAGAAUCGACAUGUACAGAUCUCUUUUAUGUGUGUUCAUCGAGUUGUAUUUAACACGUGUUCGUUCUAUCUUUUAUGCACAUAUCCUGAAUCUAGAAUGGCCCUGAACAAAUUGAGAGUGAUGCAUCAAAUUUAUAGCUAACCUAUAAAAAUUUGUAGUUCGCGAGAAAAUUGAAAAUAUUACUGUCGUCUAGUAUAUCAUAUCAUGGUAUUGACAUUUUAACUCUUUGAGUCCUAACUUGUAUCAAAUGAUAUCGUAAACUAAAUGUACAGAAUGUACAGAAAAAUUAACUAUUAUUUUUAUUUUAUCGUGUUUCUAUUUUAUUUUUUUUUUUACAAUUUUUAUUAUCACAUUGUGUAAUAAAUUCGUUCAUGUUGAUAUUUGAUAAAAUUUUCUUAUCUAUUUGUAAACGUCUAU